AUGGAUUGAAAUUUUAGGGGGCAUAUACCUUGAGUUUAGGUCUCGUAUUGUUCCGUGAGGACCACGACACCCCACAUUGUUCAUCAUCGUCAGAUGUUCUAAAACAAUUGUUGAUAGCAAAAAUGGUAACAUGCAGUUUAAAAGGAGGAGCAGGAGAGAGACGAUCAAAUAAUGGUGCCUCUAGCAGUUCAGGAGUUCUUGAUGCAAGCCAUUGCCACAAUGGUCAGGCUGAGGCCAUGUGCAGGCUUGAUGAUGAAAAAAAAAGUAAUGGAGCUAAUUCAAACUCUCUUGAUGAAUCAGUUCCUAUGGAAUUGUGUCCUACUAUUCAUCCUGUUUGUAACCUAAAACUCAAUCAUCACGAUCAUCCAGAAACGGUGAGCGUAACGCUGUACAUAAAAAGCAUCACGAAAGAAUUCCUGAAAGUAGAAUUCGAGGGGAAAAGCGUCUCAGUCACCUUCCGUACAACCGAUCCUGUAUUUUUAAAGCACUAUCCCUCAUUUGCUGCAGAAGAAGACUUGAUGCAAUGGCAAAUUGAAACAAGAGGAACAAUCGUGCCUGAAAAAUGCAGUUACCGCCUUAAACCUACAAAUCUAGAACUAAAAUUGAUCAAAGCAGUUCCCGGUAAAUGGGAAUCUCUCGAAGCUUCUGUUGUUUCAUCACCACCUACCCGAACAGUACAAAAGGAGACAUGGAUAUCAUUGGCUCCUUCAACAACAUCAAAGCUCUCUUCUUCGCCAAGUAAAAAUUCAGAUGAAGAUGAAGAACCAAACCCCUUGUCGCUUUCAUCACCUAGUGCUUCAAAUGCCGUUGUAUUGACCAAGACAGGGUAUACUGGUCUUGGAAAUCUGGGAAACACUUGCUAUAUGAACGCAGUAUUGCAAGCAUUGGGCAACACGACACCGCUCAAAAACUAUUUUCUUGACAAAAAAUUUCAGGCCGACAUCAAUAGAGAUAAUCCACUAGGAUUCGGUGGCUCACUGGCUAUCGCUUUCGCUAUUAUUCUUCGCCAGCUAUGGAGCGGUCAGCGUGAUUCUAUUGAGCCAUCGCAUCUGAAAGCUUUACUCGCCAAUCGUGCCUCGCAGUUUUCCGGAUUUGCGCAGCACGAUGCCCAAGAAUUUAUGGCGUUUCUUCUGGAUGGUCUGCAUGAAGACCUUAAUCGUGUUAAAACGAAACCAUUGACUACUCCUGUGGAAUCGAAUGGAAGGCCAGAUCACGUUGUUGCCGAUGAAGCGUGGAAAGUAUACAAGAUGCGCAAUGAUUCAGUCAUCGACGAUUUGUUUCAAGGCCAGUUCAAAUCGACCCUCGUUUGCCCAGCUUGUCAAAAUAUUUCCGUCACUUUUGAUCCGUUCCUCUAUCUGGCCUUGCCGCUACCUCCACCCAAAUCGUGUUUUACUGUGACACUCUACUUUAUUGGUGACGAUGACUUGCCGGAAACUAGAACAAUUGGCAAAGCUGUCAAAGUGUCGCUGUGGUUAGAUCCGAACCAACGCGUCGAACAACUGAAAGAGGAAUUAAAACGAGUCUGCGCUGGCCGGUUCCGCUAUGCCGACUCUGAAAUUGAAGUAGUGCAAGUCCGCGACGGGCUCAUACGACGUUGGCUGGUUAAUGCUGCCCCACUCAGUUCGUUACAGAACUCCACUAAUUCAGAGAUGUUGCUAUUGGCUUUCGAAACCAUGCCCAGCAAUGUCCCGCUUGUUCAUAUUGCUGUUAUUCAGCGAGUUAUGGUGCCCUUGGAUCAACACAGUCAUUGCUCUUGUUGCAAGAAAGAAAGCCGCGCCCUGAAGCGCUGCUUGAAAUGCUUCAGCGUUGCUUAUUGUGACAAGAAUUGCCAGCGAUCGCAUUGGAACGCGGUGCACCGCACAGCGUGCCGCUACAAGCCGGAUAUCAUAGCACAACCGUUCGUCAUCAGUUUGCCGCCGUCUUUGCUUACGUACCAGAAACUCUACCGGACCAUGCUGUACUACUCCAGGUUCUCAGUCGAGGUGGCUUGCCCGUCUGCCAACAAUAGCUGCAAUCAAGAUAUGGAUUCGUCUUCGUCGUCGAUAUCUUCGUUUUCGUCUACGUCCCCUUCGCGAUCAGAGCGCCAAGAAGGAAGCGAAGUAGAUGGCCUACAGCAGUCGAAGGCAGACGACCAUCCCUUGUUUUUCAUCAAGCCGAUCGACUCGCAAGGACAGAGCAUCGCCAAAAAGAGACUAGAGGAUCUCGGUGACACGCCAUUGGAUUUCGACGCUGAUGAGUCGCCCGUCUUUUUGGCUCUCGACUGGCGCAAUGACGAACGUUCGCUUCAUCGUUGCUGUGUCACCGUCAAAUCGCCGUCCGACUACGACGAUCUGAGCCGGGCUGACCCGACAUGUGACGACUCAACGGCCAACCAAAGGCGCCUUACUUUGCACCAUUGCCUUCAGCAAUUUAUGCAAUCCGAAGUUUUGAGCAAAGAAGAAGCGUGGUACUGUCCCAAGUGCAAAGAACAUAGAGAAGCCACGAAACAAAUGUCCCUCUGGCGAUUGCCCGAGAUUCUAACCAUCCAGCUGAAGCGUUUCUCCUUCCAUAAUCUUCUCCGGCGAGACAAGAUUGACCAACAAGUCCACUUUCUUAUUGAACAGCUGGAUCUAUCGCCUUACUUGUCGAGCAUAUCAGAACAUGGAGCCACUUACGAUCUCUAUGCGGUCGUCAAUCAUUACGGCGGUAUCCUCUACGGCCAUUAUACCUGCUUUGCUCGUUGUCCGGCACCGACGUCAGACAACAGCCAAAAGGAUAUCGUCGGUUGGCGUUGCAUGGAUGAUCGUAACGUUCGCGAUAUUAGCGAGGACGGUAUAGUAACAUCUGCCGCUUACCUGUUGUUGUACCGACGACGACACGGGCCGGCUGCUUCUGCGAUUUCCCCUGGCCGGCUCAAUUAUAGCGAUCCCGAAGAGAUUGACUGAGAAAGUGGGUGGAUCAAAAUUAUCGUUUGUGUUUCUUCAGAUGUUGAUGCAGAAGAUGACACGUGCGAUACAAUCAGCGUGAGUGAAAUCUGAUUUCGAAGCCCAAAGUGGUGACCUGUGCUCUUAUCAACCCCCCUUUCCGUGGAUUCGUCCCUUCCCCCUCUUACCUCUCGUGUAGAAGAAGCUUGGUGGUUGCUACCAUCGUGACCGCUAUACAGAGGAGCUACCUCGGGCAUCUUUUUCACUAAUCGGCUUGUUUUCUUUACAACUUCUUAUAUAUCAUCUUUCUAUUUAUUUCCCCUAUUUUUCACAAAUCUAUCCCCCUUCCUUUUUUUUUUUUUUUUAUAAUAAUCCUUUUAUUAUUAUUAUUUUUUGUGCGGUUUAUUUUUCUGCGUGAUCCCGCGUGACAGUUUUCCAUCAAAAAAACUGUCGCACGUUCAUUUUCUAUUGUCCUCAUUUGCAUCUAGCUUUCAAACAUACCUUCCCGUUGUUGUUUUUUUUUUGUGGGGAUAGGUGAUUGUCGUUCAUGCGCUCAAAUCUGAAUAUCGUUCGUAUCCAUCUGUGUUCGAAACGGGUUGCAUUGUUCUCACUGUCUACUCGUAUUCCAAUUUGAAUUGACCGCUUCGGGCUGAUGCAUUGAUCCCACAACAUGAAUACGUCAUCCCUUUUA